CUUUGUCUUCGUCUACUACUGCACCUACCUCGUCUUCAUCCUUAUCUGACUUUCCUCUUAUCCAGCCUGCCUUGGUCGAAUCCUCACAAUGCCCUCUUCCCAUGCCUAGUACUCAGCAUAUUUCCCUGCAACCUACUCCCUCCUGGCAACUGCCAUCAACACCCAUCUGCACCAUAUCAACCCAAGCCUCCACACAACAUACUCCCCAUGCGGAUACAGACCACACACCUCCACAACAAACACCUUCAGACCUGCCUUCAUCCACCUACACCCUGCCACCAGCCUCGCCCUCGUCCACAACAACCCAGACCCCGUCACCUCACCUCCCCUCACCCCAUUUUUCCUCGAUCUCAAUGCCCGAGCAGCCUGUUGCCAACCCCCACGAUGACAGCCCGGUACACUCUGAGCCUGUUACUACUUCGCUAUCCUCCCUUCCGGCUUCCACACAUAACCUUCACCCCAUGCAAACCCGGGCUAAGUCUGGCAUUUUUAAACCAAAAACUAUUUUUAAUUUAAAUACAGUUGCUUUAUCAGCAGAUCCAACUUGUUUUUCAGAGGCCAAUAAACAUCUUCCAUGGCGUCAGGCGAUGGCAGAGGAAUUUAAUGCUCUUAUUUCUAAUAAUACUUGGGAAUUAGUUCCGUUUGAUAAUACUAAAAAUGUUGUGGGCUCUAAGUGGAUUUAUAAGACAAAAUAUAAUUCUGAUGGGUCUAUUGAGCGUCAUAAAGCACGUUUGGUUGGACAGGGUUUUAGUCAGCAGGCUGGUGUAGAUUUUUCAGAGACGUUUAGUCCGGUUAUUAAACCCACCACUGUUCGUGUUGUCCUUUCUUUGGCUAUUUCUUUUGGGUGGGUUAUUCGUCAACUGGAUGUCAAAAAUGCAUUUUUACAUGGUCAUCUCACUGAAGAGGUUUAUAUGCGUCAACCGCGGGGUUUUACACAUCCUUUGUUUCCUAAUCAUUUAUGCCGACUGCGAAAAGCCCUAUACGGACUUAAGCAGGCCCCGCGGGCAUGGUUCCAUCGUUUCAGUAGCUUUUUAUUGUCUCAUAGUUUCACAUGCAGUAAGUCGGAUAAUUCCUUAUUUAUAUAUCGUCAGAAUAAUUAUGUCAUUUAUCUAUUAUUAUAUGUUGAUGAUAUUAUUAUUACUGGCAAUUCGUCUUCUCUUGUCUCUUCCCUUAUCCAUCUUGUUGCUCAGCAUUUUGCUAUGAAGGAUCUUGGUGACCUUCAUUACUUUCUUGGAGUCCAGGCUAAACGUUCUGAUAAAGGUUUGUUUCUCUCUCAACACAAAUAUGUGUGUGAUCUUCUUUCUCGGUUCCAUCUGCAUACGGUUAAACCUGUACGUACACCUCUGGCUACUCGUACCUCUCUCUCUCUCUCUCACUGAUGGUGAACUUCUCUCCGAUGCCACUGAGUAUCGUAGUAUGGUUGGUGCGUUACAAUAUUUAACUUUGACACGACCUGAUAUUACCUAUGCUGUAGAUUUAGUGUCUCAAUUUAUGCAUGCUCCUCGUACUACUCAUCUUUUUGCAGUCAAGAGAAUUUUCAGGUAUUUACAAGGGACUUUGGAUCACGGUUUGUGGUUGCGCCCUACCACACAGGCGACUUGUGUAAUCGCCUAUUCUGAUGCUGAUUGGGCCGGAUGUCCAGAUUCAUCUCGUUCCACGACUGGUUUUGCUAUCUUUUUAGGGCCGAACCUGGUUUCCUGGAAAUCCAAGAAACAACCUACAGUGUCCAAGUCUUCUACAGAGGCAGAAUAUAGAGCUGUUGCCUACACCGUACAGGAUACCUUACAUAUUCGUUCCAUUUUAUUUGAGCUUGGUUUUCCUGUCAAGGCCCCUGUUCAAUUAUUUUGUGACAACAUCUCUGCUUCAUACUUGACUGCUAAUCCUGUUCAGCAUGCUCGCAGCAAACAUAUUCAGAUUGACUAUCAUUUUGUCAGGGAACGUGUUGCGCAUGGAGACUUGAUUGUGAAGUAUAUUCCUACACAGUUACAGUUGGCUGACAUUUUUACUAAAAGUCUCUCUAGUCAGCAAUUUCACUUUUUAAAAGACAACCUGCGCGUUGUAUCUCCUGCACAGAUUGAGGGGGUGUAAUAGAAUAUAUUUUAGGGAUAUGUGUAUCCUAAAAUAUAUUUAGGAAUAUUUGUUUCCUUUUGUAUCUUGAACUCUCUCAUUAUUUAUACACAUGCCAGGACUCCUAUUGGAGUACUCUUUUCCCAUUA